AUGGAACAGUUCUUUACAUCUAGUAUAACUGAUGGAGAAGAUUUGGUCAAAUAUAUCUCAAGAUUGCAGUUAAACUUCAGAGAAGUGAAUGAUGAACUUAAAAAGCAUAAAGCUUCAGAACUGCCAGAACUUGUUUUGAUGUCAAGGAUUAUGAGUACACUACCUAAAGAAUUCUUUGAGUUCAAGAGUGUGUGGGAAAGCAUACCAGUGAAAGACAGAAGUGUUGAUUUGCUAAUAGAGAGAAUUCGUCUGAUUGAGUCCAGGCUACCUAGGUCUAUGAAUUCUGAUAAUGGACAAGCCUUACAGGUUUGUAGAAAUAGCAUAAGUUCAUUCUCAGCAGGCAAAAGGCAUUCUGUAAAGAAGAAAAUAAAGUAUUUUAUUUGUAAGGGACCACACUAUGCUAGUCAGUGUCCAAAUAAAUCAGAAAAAGAAGACAAGAACAAGACUGAGCCUAGAAAAGGUAACAGUGGUCCAUUCUUGUGUUUUGUAGCAAAGGAGCACAAGAAAGACAACUUUAUUGCAGACUCUGGAGCAUCACAGCAUAUGUGUUUCCGGAGGGACUUCUUUCACACAUAUUAG